CAUUUCGAUUGAAAGAUUGAAGUUCUUUUAUUUAUCAUACAAGUUUUCCUAUAUUGUUGAAUUUGUAAAAAUGCUACAAUUCAGAAUAUUUCUUUUGUGUUCAACGGUAUUAAAUAUAGUGAGCUGUAUGAAUGAAACGGUUGUAACCGUCAACGGUCUGAUUCGAGGUAAACUUCAAAAAACAAUUUGGUACAAUAAACCGUAUUACUCGUACAAAGGAAUACCAUAUGCCAAGUCGCCAGUUGAUGAGCUUCGAUUUAGGGCACCUGAACCUGUGGAGCCAUGGUUCGAUAGACCAUUGGAUGCUUUUGAAUAUGGUCCAUUGUGUGCUCAACGAGCGAGACGAAAAACUAGCGAAGAUUGCCUUUUUCUAAACAUAUUCGUUCCUGUUGUUGAAGCAACAAAAAACUUACCCGUAUUGUUUUAUAUUCACGGCGGAUUUUUUAUGUCUGGAGUUGGCGACCAAGGUCCUGACUUUUGGAUGGAGAAUGAAGUUAUUCUCGUGACUGUAAACUAUCGCCUCGGAAUAUUUGGAUUCAUGUCCUUGGGAACACCUGAAUAUUCUGGUAAUAUGGCAUUAAAAGAUCAGCAGCUUGCGUUGAAAUGGAUCUAUGAGAAUAUCGAAGCAUUUGGUGGAGAUAAUCAGAUGAUCACAAUCUCUGGUUCUAGUGCUGGCGCAAAUUGUGUUGGUUUACAUUUGAUCAAUGAAGAGUCGUCAAAAUAUUUCAGUCAAAUCCUCAGUAUAAGUGGAGCACCGAAUAAAGCUCACAACUAUCAGAAAGGUGACCAUCGAUGUCUGAUGGAACACUUUUACAAUAAACAUUUCAACAGCUACCCUAAUGACAUUGAACUGAUAGAUUUUCUUAAAAAAGCCGAUGUCAAAGAAAUAAUUGAUUUUCUUUAUGAAACAUUUAAACCAUUUGAAUCGCCAUGGAGUCCCGUGGUUGAAAAACCGAAUGCAAUACGGCCGAUUAUUCUUGAUGACCCAAUGACUGCACUGGAAAAAACAAAAAACAUCGAAAAAACUGCAUACUAUACUAUUACACAAUAUGAAUUUUUGUCAUCAUACUUAAUUGGUGGAACAAACUAUUCAGACCCUGAAGUCGUACGCCAAUUCAUCAAAGAUUUUAAUGUUGUUUUACCAAUUUUUGGAUAUAAAUCAAUAAUUGAACAGAAACCGUAUUACCUUCAAAAAAUAAUGAAUAAACUUCGCAAUUUUUACUUCAAAAAUUCUUCUUCUGAUCAAGAGCUACUAAAGCAACGUCUUGUGCUAGACUCAGACUUUGUUUAUGGUUAUUCUAUCGAAAAAUGGAUGGAGCGACAUGUUGCGAUUUCGAAAAAAGAUACCUUUUACCAUCGGUUUUCACUUCAAACCAAAUUAAAUAUGCAUUCAGAGUACCCAGGUGCUGGCCAUGAAGACGAAAGACACUUUAUAUUUGGACGUACAAAUAGCAGCUCCUCUAACACUUUAAUACAAAUAAAAGAGAAUAAGGACACUGACAAGGAUUGUGCAAUAGCUUUUAAUGCGAUGAAUGUGAUCCAAAAGUUAUUCUCAAACUUUAUAAAAUACGGUAAACCAGUACAUAAUGGUGAUCUGAUGGCCAAAGAAUUCAAACCGAUUCAACGUGCAAGCAAAUCAGACGAAUUUAACUAUAUUGAUGUGACAAAUGAUGGUUUAGUUGCAGGCAAAGCACUGUCUCAAGGCCGAACCAAGUAUUUGGAUAACAUAAUCGAAGAAGUGAAACGAUUGAUAGAAAAGCAUGGUGACGUACCAAAGAAAACUCCAAUUGAAAUACAAUGUGAGAAAAUGAAUCCAGGUCGCAUGAUUCCAUUCUCAGAGAAUGCUGAGCAACCAAAAAAUGGAAUAUUUUCAGAAUAUACACAGAAGAUCAUUAGAUCUUUUAAGAAUUCAAGGUUUUUAAACGGAUGCGCCAAUUGAAUGGGAGGAUGCUGCGCAUCAUCUGAAGAUUUUGAAAAAAGCAUAAAACAUCUGAAAAGAAAUUAAUCUUAGGAACAUUUAUAUGAAAAUAUUCUGCUUAUAUUUACCAAUAAAAGUCUCUCCUCCAUGUAAA